GGUAACCCUAGGUUGCCUUAGCAACCAAGGUCAAACAAACAGCGGCAAAAAUAUGUUUCAAAAGUGGCAAGUGUGAAUGGAGAAUUAAUUUUUAAUUAUUACCCAUAAAAAGUUACAUUUUAUAUUUCGAAACAAUAUCAACCCAUUUGAAAUAUACCUCACUUUAUAUAAUAAGAGCUUUACAAUGAGCAAGUUAAAUACCUAUGUAUCGUGGUUUAUGAAAAGAUAACAUUGUUCCCAUGGCUCUAGGAUGGCACAUAAACAAAAUGGGCAUGAUUACAACAACAUGGAGCAUGAGGUGCCGUUCUGGCUCGAAAACAUUACCAAGAAGAUGAAAGAAACACACAUUCGGAAUAGUAGCAGCGAUGCCUCACCAAAUCCAGAGGAUUACAAAUUUAAAAUUGAAAGCUUGGACAACCACAGGCUACUGCGCAGAACCUCCUUAGACACCACAAUUGAUAUGAUGAACAAACCACUAGUACAACCAGUUGCACUCUCCGCUGGAACUUUACGAUACAAUAAAGCUUACAAUCACAAAAAUCGAAGGAAAUACAACGUUAAAAAUAAUUUAGAUUGGGGAGAUUCGUCGGCGGCGUCCAAUGAUUUUCUGAAUGAUCUGCUGCCACAUUAUGUCACUCCCCGCCACACCAGAAUAAAUAAUGUCGAUGAAGACUUCUACGACGUUAUUCUGGGUCCCAGAGCGGCAGAAACAAAAACACGCCAUAAACCGGUACCAAAAGAAAGCUCAGAAGAUUUCCUACAUAAUACCGUCAGUAAUAGGUCUGUUGUAAGAAAUUCAGGCAAAAAGUCAGCACCCGUGGGUUCAGUACAAAGUAACGGGACACAAAAGGAUAAAACGAAAAGUGAAUUCGUAAUACCCGAACUACCUGAAGGGAGACUUUUGGAAAUGAAAAUUUAUUCCAAUUGGGGUGACAAAUAUUUAGUCGGUCUAAACGGGAUAGAAUUAUUUGAUUAUAAUGGCGACGUCGUUAAUAUUGAAAAGGUGUGGACGGACUCGGAUACCGGCGACCAAUCACAGCACGGUCACGUCGAGCACAUCGCCGACGGCGUGGUGCGCACGCGCGACGAGCGGCACGCGUGGACUGCGCCCGCGCCGCUCGCAGCACCCAUAGCGCUCACCGUGCUGCUUACAGCCAGCGUCAGGCUGGCGCUCUUGAGGAUAUGGAAUUACAACAAAUCGCGAAUACACUCCAACCGCGGCGUGAGGCUGGUUCAAAUUAAGCUUGACGAUAAAGUAAUAUUCCACGGCGAAAUAGCUAAAUCGAGCGGAGAGUUGAAGGGACAACUAUCUUCGUUUGGUGAUACUGUCCUCUUCACUAAAGACCCAAGAAUCCUGGAAGCUAUAAUGGUGAACGACAAGAACUUCCAAGCACUGCUCAAAGACAAUGAGCCCGUGCACGACAAUGGAAUAAUCGAGAAGAGACCUCCGACAGCCAACGACAAUAACAUGAGCCCUACGGCACUACUAGAGUCGCUGGACAAUGACGAUAAAGAUACUAAAUAUGUUGCAAAGAAAAUUAAAUUUACGCUCAUGUCUAACUGGGGACAGAAGCAUUUGAUUGGAUUGACGGGCAUAGAAAUCCUAAACUACACGGAACGCGUCAAAGUCCACCGUGCUUACGCGUACACGACAAACCUCAGUGAGGAACAAACCCUCGAAGGCGGGCUGAUCGAAUGCGCUGCGCUGUUUAACGGCAGGAAUGUGUCCGCCAAUUUCGACGACAUGUGGUGCACCAACUUCGACAUGGGCAACAAGUUUUGUCACGUGGUUAUGGAGCUGAAGGAAUUUAGCGAGAUCACUGGCAUUCGCAUCUGGAACUACAACGCGAACAUGGAGUUGUCGUACAUGGGCGCGAAGCACGCGCGCGUGUCGCUGGACGGCGCGGAGCUGCACUACCGCCCGCUGCUGCUGCGGCGCGCGCCCGGCGACACCUGCUACGACUUCGUGCAGCACGUCGAGCUCGCCGCCAUCGACGACCGAUUGGAGGACGCCAAAGACACGGACAGUUUCCGAAUGGACUGCCUGGUGUACGGAACGAACUUGGACAUGGGCGCGCCCACCGGCUUCGUGUUGCAGUUGAACAUCUUCUCCACAUGGGGGGACCCUUACUACGUGGGCCUCACUGGCGUGGAGUUGUACGAUCUGCACGGGAAUCUAGUCCCACUUACGGAGACAAACGUGUGCGCGCACCCGGCGAGCGUGAACGCGCUGGACUGCGGCGCGCGCGACGUGCGCACGCCCGACAAGCUCAUCGACGGACACAACGCCGCCGCCGGCGACGGCGCGCACUCCUGGCUCGCGCCCGUGCUGCCCAACACGCUUAACAGGGUCUAUUUUGUAUUUGAUUUCCCGGUCACAGUGUAUGCGAUAAAGAUUUGGAAUUAUGGCAAAACACCUACACGAGGUGUUAAGGAAUUUGGGGUGUUAAUCGACGAUCUUUUAAUAUACAACGGGACACUCGACUGUGCCAAAAGCGAUGAAGUUAUUGCAUCUCAGUGGAUCUGUCUGCAGAAUGUUGACGCCGAUACUUUAACGCCGAGUUCAUCGGAUGCGAGUCACCGCACCACCACGAGUGGCUCGAGCGAGUCCGCCGACCAGACCGCGCGCCCCCGCACCAGCGUCAACAGCGGACGGACUUCUCACAAGCAGCGGAGGCAUUAGACGGACCAAGCUGUGGGGUGGAUGGAAAGGUUAAGCAAAUUCUGGGGGUAUUAGACUAGGGGAGGGCUUCUAAACGGCAUAAGGACCAUUGAAGGCAUAAGAUUUUUGAAGGUUCUUAGAUCGAUACCAGCAAUAGCGGAGGCAUUAGACGGACGGAGCUGUGGGGUGGAUGGAAAGGUUAAGCAAAUUCUGGGAGUAUUAGACUAGGGGAGGGGUACUAUACAGUCUUGGGACCAUCGAAUGCGUAACUUUUUUGAAGCUUUGGAGACGGAUGCAGUCAACUUGGGUGUUGAGGUUCUUAGAUCGAUAACUGUAAUUAACACUACGCUAAAUCGGUUUUUGGCUAAUUUCCGGUAGAAUGCAAAAAUAUUAUUUGUUUAUCUUUUAUAAGCUUACAAAAUCUCUCUUUUUUGCUAUAAAAUAAAUAAUUAUCGAAUUACACAAAACGCCCAUCAAAAAAACUCUGGUAUUAUAAAAUUUAUCUUAUUCUUCACUCGUAUCUCCUAUAAAGUUGGAAAUUUUCAAGUUAGCGUAAUGUUAAUUGCAGCUGUCGAGAUAGCCUUAGAAGAUAAAACAUUAUGAAGGAGAGUGAUCUCUAUCUACAUCCAAAUAAGAGAUCGGGAAUCGGAGAUGGUGUGUUUUGGAUUUAGUUCCGAGGUGUGAAGAAGAUUAUCCAGCAUGCUGAGUUGCUGAUGAAUUUCUAGCAACAUUUACAUCCAGUUAGUCACGAUUACUAAGCAAUUGACGCAUUUAAAGAUCCAACUGCUGACUGAGCUGACUGAUUGUUAGGUUUUUAGCAUUGAUAAAAUAACCAAUAGUUUAUUGUGUUUUGGAAUUUAUCUAGGCUUUUAUAUGAAUUUAGGUUUCGAUAGUCUCCACCUAGAGUGUCUAAUUUGGGUAUAACAUUGAUACGAACAAACCUAAGAGAGCUAACAAUUAAGAUUUAUAAGUAAAAUUUCUAAUGGCACUUCAGCAUAAUAUGCUGAAUUAGUGGUCUAAAAAGAAAUAUAACAUUUCUUUUUAUCCUCAUAAAGUAUGAAAAAUUUAAUAAAAUAAUGCAUAAAUGCCCCAUUACUUUAAGGGUAGUGUUACCUAUUAAAAGUUUUUUUAGACGUGUAGUUCACAAUUUUCCAUAGAUUGUAGAAACUUAGCUCAUAGACGUUUUUGGAACUUUGUAAAGAUCGUCACGUUAAAACUUUUUGGUACGAGGAUACCAAAUGCAAGAUACUUAACGAAUUUAAUCAAAUAUAAUUUUCUCUACGCAAAUGUUAUGAAAAUUGGCGUAAGAACUUGGAUAUUUUGUUUGCAUAGGUAUCCCGAGCCGAACCACGAACGUCGUUUUAACUAUAAAUUAUACUCACCAGUAACAUCUAAAUAUGCAAUAAAAAUGUCUUUUGCAUGAAAUAUGUAUAUAAACUUGAAGAUACCGAAUGUCCUCGCGAAUUUGAUGGCUCGGCUCGCGCAAGUAAUAAAUUUAAAAAAAUAUUUAUUCUAAACAUUUUGUGCACAAUUAAAUUUGGGCUGUAUAACGUAGAGUAACAAUGUACUAUAGUAGACUGCACACGCCAAAGUAGUAUUGCAAACUGAUAUACCUCAAAAAACAGGUAAAAAUAGUAAAUCUUAAACGCUUAUAGUGGCAAGCAUAAUUUAUUCAUGUUUUUGGUACAGUACGACCGCCAUAUCUUGGCCGGUUUGAAGUCUCGACACACGUUUUCUAUAUCUGUCGCGAUCUAGCAGCCCUGGAUCUAGAGGGGGGCAAGCGGGGCCCGUGCCUCAGGCGACGACUUCAGAAGGCAAAUUCAAACUUAGCAGACGAAUACCCACUUCAUUAUGAACGCAACUUGGGGUAGGUACUGGGCGUCCAGUACAUUUAACACAAACUAUUAUCCGCGGGGCGCGAAAUGAUGAUGAUGAUGACAAAGGUAAAAAUAUAGGUGGGUGGGAACAGCAUUUUCCAGAUUUUGCCCCGCCCCGAAAAAUUCAAGAUCCGGGGCAGCGAUUUAGUCCCCAGUAAAUGGUUUUGUCGCCUCUUGUCACAAACUUCAAGUCAGUCAAGUCUGAUCGAUCGUACUGUACUAUAUCGAUGCCGUAUAUUGGUGUAAGGAUAAAUUAUUGUAUUGUUCUGUAACACUGUUAGCUGUUUAUUGUAAUUUUUGUACCAUGCAAUAAAAGGUUAUUUGUAAAUGUA